AUGUUUCAAGAGAAGAAAAAACAAAAAUGUACAGCUAUAAGUGGAUUAUUGAAAAAAGAAAUUUGUGUCUAUUAUCAAGAAAAUGACAAAAAAACCCACAAAGAAAUAGCAGAUUACUUUAAAAAAUGGAUAAAUAUUUCAUCUUCAACUCAUUAUAACAUUUUUCGUCAUAAGUCAGUGAAAUUCCCUGAUCUAGAAAAGGCUAUGAGUUUUUGGAUUAGUCAAGUUAGUGCUCAAGGUCUUGUUAUUACAGAUAAAGUGGUUGCAGAAAAAGCAAAAGUAUUUGGUGAAAGAUUGGGAAUUGAUGAAAAUGAUUUAAAUAAAGAAAUAUUGACAGUGUUAUUAACAACUAAUGCAACUGGUACAAGAAAACUUAAACCAAUUGUAAUUGGAAAGUCUGUCAACCCAAGAUGUUUCAAAAAUGUAAAUAUGUCUUUGUUACCUGUUAUUUACAAGUCUACUCCAAAAGCAUGGAUGUGCAAACAAGCUACCACUGAUGGAAUAAUUGAAUCUUUAAAUCAAUCAGAUCUUAGUGAUGAUUUGGAAAUUUUGGAAUAUGUCAAUGAUAAUGAAUUGAGUUUGACAGAAAAGCCUUUAGAUGAUGAUGAAAUAGUCCAAAUGGUUUUGGAUGAAGCAAACAAUGUAAAUAAUGAAUCAGAAGGUGAAGAUAUUGAUGAACUGAAAGUCAUUGCAACCAAUGAAGAUGCUUUGAAAGCAGUAGAUACAUUGAUUGAAUAUUUUGAACAUCAAAAUGAUUUAGAGUUUAAUGAGAAUGAUUAUAAAAAUUUAAAAAAAUAUAAAGGAAAUAUUGAAAGAUUUUUUCUCAAAAACAUGUCAUCAAUAAUCAAAUUGUUAUGA